CAUACUUUUCCCCUGUUUGCUCCGUCACUGCUCAGUUUUCCCCGUCCGUCUCCUCCCCAGAUCUACAUCCACCCAUCGCCAUGGCGAUCUCCCCCCACCUCCUCCUCCCGCUCCUCCUCGCGGCGGCUGCCGCCUCCGCCUUCGCCGGCGCCAACGACCUGGUCGGCGAGCUCCAGUCCCUCCGCUCCCGCUCCCCCUCGGGGGUGGUCCACCUCACCGACACCUCCGUCACCCGCUUCCUCUCGUCGGCCUCGCGCCCCUACUCCGUCCUUGUCUUCUUCGACGCCACCUCGCUCCACUCCAAGACCGACCUCCACCUCCCCCAGCUCCGCCGCGAGUUCGCGCUCCUCUCCGCCUCCUUCCACGCCAACAACCCCGACUCCUCCGACCUCUUCUUCGCCGACAUCGAGUUCUCCGAGUCGCAGCACUCCUUCUCCCAGUUCGGCGUCAACUCCCUCCCCCAUGUCCGCCUCAUCCGCCCGGAGCAUUCCCGCCUCGCCGACUCCGAGCAGAUGGACCAGUCCCACUUCUCCCGCCUCGCCGAUUCCAUGGUCGAGUUCGUGGAGGCCCGCACCGGCCUCGAGGUCGGCCCCAUCGUCCGCCCUCCCCUCGUCUCCCGUAACCAGAUGAUCCUGCUCGCCCUCUUGUUUCUCAUCUCCAUCCCAUUCGGGAUCAAGAGGAUCAUGGAAGGGGACACCCUGCUUCAUGACCGCAAGCUUUGGAUGGCCGGGGCGCUCUUCGUCUAUUUCUUCAGCGUGUCAGGGGGCAUGUACGGGAUCAUCAGGCAUACGCCCAUGUUCAUCACGGACCGAGAAGAUCCAAACAAGCUCGUAUUCUUCUACCAUGGUUCAGGGAUGCAGCUCGGCGCGGAGGGGUUUGCGGUUGGUUUCUUGUACACCCUCGUGGGCCUGAUGAUAGCUGUGGUCACACACUUGCUGGUGAAGGUGGAGAGCCUGCAGACACAGCGAUUUGCAAUGCUGGCAGUCAUGGCGAUCGGGUGGUGGGCAGUCAGGAAGGUGGUUUACCUGGAUAACUGGAAGACUGGGUAUAGCAUUCAUACCUUCUGGCCGAGUAGCUGGAGGUAAAUGUUGUCCCAACAGGCCAUCGAUGCUUCUUUCCUUUGUUGCAGAGGACGUGGAGUCAUCCAUCCAGAUCGACCAUACUGAGAUAGAGCAUCAUUUUGGUUGUAACUUCGUACUACCAAGUUUAGCAUUUCAAUUCUCUGGUGCUUUAUUGUGGAAUAUAGAGAACCGAGUCAUUUUAUACCGAGGAUUUUAACUCGCAGUAUUACUUGAACAAUGGUAAAUCCUAGCUGAUAUCUCUUCUCAGGCA